UUCCUGCUCCCCACACCCUUUGCAGCUCUGCAGGCAGAGGGGAGCUGGGGUUUGCCCUGGCAGGUGGGAGAGGAUUCCCUCUUGCUGCACAGGGGUGCUGCCUGCUUGCAGCCAGGUGCCCCCCCCCCGAGCUGGCCCUGGCUCCCAGCCCUCCCCAGGCAUAUAAAGCACAGGAGGACAAGGAGGGGACAGGCUGUGGUGACAGGUGAUGCUGACAGGCAGCAGGAGCUGCCAGGUCCUGCCCAAACUUGGAGUGGGAAGUGAGCUCUUUCCUAAGCCACACAGACUCUCUGUAGUGCUGGCAGAUUUCUUUAAUUCCUUUUUUUGUUCUUGUUUUCUUUUUUUUUUCUUUUUUUUUUUUUUAAUUGGCUCCUAAUCUACAUUGGUGGGAAAAGCUUCUGAGAAGCCACAGCCUUGAAGAGCAAUUUAGGUCUUCAUUUUCAAAACUCUUCAGCCUGGUAAGCUGCUUUUAUUAAUGUGUGUUAAUUAUAUGUCAGUCUCAUGGUGGAACUCAGCUUGGGGGAGUAGGCAGGCAACCUAGGCAGUUGAAAAUGGGACACAAAUUGAUGUUUUUCCUUCAAGCUCUCCAGAUGGAGGAUCCCAUCCAGCUGAAAGAGGAAGGCAAUAAAUAUUUUCAGUCCAGUGACUAUGAGAAAGCCCUUCAAAGCUACACUCAGGCCAUAAAGCUCAACAAGGACAAAGCGCUGCAGGCAGUGCUGUACAGGAACAGGGCAGCCUGCUUCCUCAAAAAGGAGGAAUAUGCCAAGGCAGCCUCAGAUGCAUCUAGAGCUAUUGACAUCAAUGCUUCAGAUAUCAAAGCCUUGUACCGGCGCAGCCAAGCCCUGGAAAAACUGGGGAAGUUGGACCAAGCAUUCAAAGAUGCUCAGAAAUGUGCCACUCUUGAACCCCGCAACAAAAACUUCCAGGAGACUCUGAGGAGACUGGGGGCCAACAUCCAGGAGAAGCUGCGCAUUCAGUUCUCCACUGACUCGAGGGUGCAGAAGAUGUUUGAGAUCCUGCUGGAUGAGAACAGUGACAAAGAAAAGCGGGAAAAGGCUGCAAACAACCUCAUAGUCCUGGGGCGGGAGGAAGCAGGUGCCGAGAGGAUUUUCCAGAAUAAUGGGGUCAACUUGCUGCUGCAGCUGAUAGAAACCAAAAAUCCUGAGCUGAUCCUGGCAGCUGUGAGGACACUUUCAGGAAUGUGCACAGGACAUAAGGCUCGGGCCACUGCCAUUCUCCAUUACCUGGGCAUCGACAGCAUUUGCAUGUGGAUGUCGGUGGACAAUGAAGAAAUCUCCCUGGCUGUCUGCAACCUCCUGCAGACCAUCACCGACUGCCUGCUGGGCCAGGGGAAGGAGGAGCACCAUGGCAAGGAGGAGGCUCUAGUGCUAGACACUAAGAAGGAUUUGAGGAUGAUCACGAUGCGUUUGCUGGAUAUGCUGGUCAGUAAGAAAGUGUCUGGGCAAGGGCGGGACCGAGCCCUCAACCUCCUCAACAAGAACAUACCAAGGAAGGACCUGAAAGAUCAUGACAACAGCAGGAGCAUCUUUGUCAUCGACAAUGGCUUAAAAAAGAUACUCAAAGUGGUGGGCCAGAUUCCUGAGAUGCCUGACUGCCUGCCACUGACAGAGAACACCCAGCUGACUGCCUCUGUCCUCCUUAAUAAACUCUACGAUGACCUGCGCUGCGACCCGGAGCGGGACAACUACCGGCUGAUCUGCGAGGAGUACAUCAAGAGCAAAAUCGACCCACAAGACAUGGAUAAGACGCUCCAUGCUGUCCAGAUUGUGUCUGGAGUUCUGCAAGGGCCAUUUGACUUGGGCAACAAGCUGCUUGGCAUGAAGGGAGUGAUGGAGAUGAUGGUUGCCCUGUGUGGGUCCGAGAGGGAGAUUGAUCAGCUGGUGGCUGUGGAAGCCCUCAUCCAUGCCUCCACCAAGCUGAGCAGAGCCACCUUCAUAAUCACCAACGGGGUGACGCUCCUGAAGGAGAUAUACAAGAAAACCAAGAAUGAGAAGAUCAAAAUCAGAGCUCUGGUGGGUCUCUGCAAGCUGGGCUCAGCAGGAGGCACAGACUAUGGCCUGAGGCAGUUUGCUGAGGGCUCCACUGAGAAGUUAGCCAAGCAGUGCCGAAAGUGGUUGUGCAACACCAGCAUUGAUGCCCGCACCAGGAAAUGGGCUGUGGAAGGGCUCUCGUACCUCACCCUCGAUGCAGAUGUGAAAGAUGACUUUGUUGAAGAUGAGCCAGCCCUGAAAGCUAUGUUUGAUUUAGCCAAGGCAAGUGACAAGACAAUCUUGUAUUCCGUGGCUUCUGCACUGGUGAACUGCACCAACAGCUAUGAUACCAAGGAGCUGGUCCCAGAGCUGGUGCAGCUGGCAAAAUUCUCCAAGCAGCAUGUGCCUGAGGAGCAUCCAAAGGACAAGAAGGAUUUUGUGGUGAAGCGGGUGAAGCGGUUGCUGAAGGCUGGGGUUGUCUCUGCCUUGGCCUGCAUGGUGAAGGCUGACAGUGCCAUUUUGACAGACCAGAGCAAGGAGCUCAUUGCCAGGGUGUUUCUUGCCUUGUGUGAAGACCCCAAAGACCGCGGGACCAUUGUUGCUCAAGGUGGUGGGAAGGCCCUGAUACCUCUGGCUGUGGAAGGCACAGACGUUGGCAAGAUAAAGGCUUCUCAUGCUCUGGCAAAAAUUGCUGCUAUCUCCAAUCCGGACAUUGCAUUCCCAGGGGAGAGAGUGUAUGAGGUGGUGAGGCCCCUUGUCAGCCUGCUGAACACAGAGAGAGAUGGCCUCCAGAACUACGAGGCUCUGUUAGGUCUCACAAACUUUUCAGGAAGAAGCGAUAAACUUAGGUUGAAGAUAGUUAAAGAGAAAGCCCUGCCAGAUAUCGAAAACUACAUGUUUGAGAACCACGACCAACUUCGACAGGCAGCCACAGAGUGCAUGUGCAACUUGGUGGUGAACAAGGAGGUUCAAGAGCGCUUUGUGGCUGAUGGCAAUGACCGCCUGAAGUUGGUGGUGUUGCUGUGUGGUGAGGAUGAUGAAAAGGUUCAGGUUGCAGCAGCAGGAGCCCUGGCCAUGCUUACGGCAGCGCAAAAGAAACUCUGCUGGAAGAUGACUCAAGUGACCACCCAGUGGCUUGAAAUCCUGCAGAGGCUCUGCUUGCAUGACAACAUGGAGGUCCAGCACCGAGGACUGGUCAUUGCUUUCAACUUAAUCAGUGCUGACAAAGAGCUGGCAAAGAAGCUGGUGGAGUCAGAGCUCCUGGAGAUUCUGACCUACGUCGGGAAGCAGGAAGAUCAUCCCAAGAAGCAGCACAUCAUUAGUGUGGCACGUGAUUGCCUCACCAAGUGCAUGGAUUAUGAGCUGAUCAAACCUCUCUCUCAGGCAUGA